AGCACCACGGUGCUUCAGAAUUGAUAUGAUGUAGCUGCUGGUCAAGACUUUCAAUUGUCAAUUUUUUUUUGGCUGUUGGACUGGUUUAUAAUGUGAACAGGGUUGCCUCUGCAUAUAAAAUCAACUUCAGGAAUGAGUUGACAAAGUUGUGCGUUAUAUUCGCCUAAUUUUGCUUCUAAACAUCUCAUAAAGAUUAAGACUUAUGCAUUCUCUUGCAUGACCUAAAUGUUCAAAAGGUUUGUUUUCUCUUGUUAUGUGUGUGCGCUCUGAGAGAUAUUGGUUUUCUGUUACUUUUUCGUGGAAGUGGAUGGUAUUUGAUCAUGGUGCUUCUGUUACUCUUUUGUGGAAGUGGAUGGUAUUUGAUCAUGGUGAUGGGCACUUUGAAUCGCUAGCGGAGAAUAUUUGUGGCCUGCGGAGCAUGCAGAUUGGCAUCUCUGGUCAAUUACAGAUUACAUAUCUGGAUUAUCUGCUCUACUUCAUAAUAGCCAAGUUUGAGGGACUACUUGCUGGCUCUUAUGAAGUUAUCCAGAGCGACAAACAGAAGACCCUGAUUGCUUGCAGCUACAGGCAGAGGGGAAGGUCUCUUCUUGCAAUUAUUGACGUUCUUCAGAGCUCAUUAUCAUUGCUUGACAUUCCAUUCACAGACAUACAAGACACAGUAUGUUCAAUACCUUCUUUGUGACGAAUUGCUAUUACUAAUUUUUUUAAGCUGAUGGAUUGGUAUAUUGUGCACAUUCUUCUUUUGCAGACUUCAGGAAACAAUUGCCUAUAUUUUGAGGGAGCAUCAAGAGUACUUCCAAUAUCUGUGGCUAAGGUGACUUUCAAUGACGAAAAGUCAGAAGUCAUUGAUUUUCGGAUUAUAUGGUCCUCUUCACCGGACAGUUUGAAGUACCAGUCUUAUUUCAGCUUGCCAGAGCUGAUUGAAUUCCCAACUGAAGUUCCUAGUCAAAAUGCUAAUGCAUACUUCUAUCCUCCAUCUAAUAAUGUUUAUCAAGCUAGUCAGGAAGAAAAGCCUCCACUGUUGUUAAAAAGCCAUGGUACUUCAAUAAUUGCAGCUCAGUUCCUGU